AUUGUGCGCGAAAUUUUGGAUGUCAAAAUCCCCAAGAUACCACUAUUUGUCAAAUUUCUAGCUCUAUAUAUAUAGACUUCACGAGAAAUUCGAUUUCUUUCAUAUAUCAUCAUCAUCAUCAUCAUCAUCACACUCAGAAAACCAAUCAACCAACCCUAUAUACACAUUCACAACCGCCUCAACCGCGUUGGUAAUAACACACACAAUUCUACUACAAAAGAUUCAUACAAGGAACUCAUUACUAUUACAAUACAAAAAAUGGUGAUUCCUAUGUGUGGCCAAGAAGAACUCGAAUUAUCAAGAGACGGCAGUCAAUAUAGUCUCUCCACCGGAAUUUUACCUUCUCUCGGCGCCAGAAGUAACCGGAGAGUUAAACUCCGACCUCUCAUUAUAUCUCCUUAUGACCGUCGGUACAGGGCCUGGGAAACUUUCCUGGUCAUACUGGUUGUGUAUACUGCUUGGGUAUCUCCAUUUGAAUUUGGAUUCCUUAAGAAACCACAAAAACCACUUUCUAUUUCGGAUAAUAUUGUCAAUGCAAUGUUUGCUAUAGAUAUAGUUCUCACAUUCUUUGUGGCUUUCAUAGAUAAAACUACCUAUUUGUUCGUAGAUGAACCAAAACAGAUUGCUUGGAAAUAUGCAAAAACUUGGUUGGCAUUUGAUCUUAUCUCCAUCAUUCCUUCAGAGCUUGUUGAAGGGCGACUAUCUUAUGGCCUAUUCAACAUAUUUCGACUUUGGCGUCUUCGAAGAGUUAGCGCUUUGUUUUCCCGGCUUGAGAAGGACCGAAACUAUAACUAUUUUUGGGUUCGGUGCGCAAAGCUUAUUUGUGUUACCCUUUUUGCUGUGCAUUCUGCUGGAUGCUUUUAUUAUCUUCUUGCUGCGCGUUAUCAUGAUCCCCAAAAGACGUGGAUUGGCCAAACAAUGGCCGAUUUCCUUCAUCAGACCUUAUGGACAAGAUAUGUGACGACUAUUUACUGGUCGAUCACUACUUUAACAACAGUUGGUUAUGGAGAUUUGCAUCCGGUGAAUGAAAGGGAGAUGAUCUUUGUCAUAUUUUAUAUGCUUUUUAAUCUCGGAUUAACAGCAUAUCUGAUCGGUAACAUGACUAACUUAGUUGUCCAUGGCACAAGUCGAACUAGAAAAUUUAGGGAUACCAUACAAGCUGCAUCGAGUUUUGCUCAUAGGAAUCAAUUACCCGCUCGUUUACAAGAUCAAAUGCUUGCUCACUUGUGUUUGAAGUUUAGAACUGACUCAGAAGGGUUGCAGCAACAAGAGACACUCGAUUCGCUUCCUAAAGCUAUCAGAUCAAGCAUUUCACAUUAUCUUUUCUAUUCUUUGAUGGAUAAGGUCUACUUAUUCAAAGGAGUUUCAAAUGAUUUGCUCUUUCAAUUGGUAUCGGAGAUGAAGCCAGAGUAUUUUCCACCUAAAGAAGAUGUUAUCUUACAAAAUGAAGCUCCAACUGAUUUUUACAUUCUAGUCACUGGUGCUGUGGACUUGGUAGUUCUCAAAGGCGGGGUUGAACAGGUUGUCGGGGAGGCGAAAACUGGAGAGCUUUGUGGCGAGAUUGGUGUACUUUGCUAUAAGCCGCAACAUUUUACCGUUAGAACCAAGCGAUUAAGUCAACUGUUGAGGCUGAACCGUACCACGUUCUUGAACAUUGUUCAAGCUAACGUGGGGGACGGAACCAUAAUCAUGAAUAAUCUUCUUCAGCAUUUGAAAGAGCUUAAUGAUCCAAUCAUGGAGGGAGUUUUAGUAGAGACAGAGAACAUGUUAGCUCGCGGUAGAAUGGACCUACCGGUUAGUCUAUGCUUUGCAGCAGCAAGAGGAGAUGAUUUAUUGAUACAUCAAUUGUUGAAAAGGGGUUUGGAUCCAAAUGAAUCUGACAACAAUGGAAGGACAGCUCUGCAUAUAGCAGCAUGUAAAGGAAAAGAAAACUGUGUUUUACUUCUGUUGGAUUAUGGGGCAAAUCCGAAUAUUAGAGAUUCGGAUGGAAAUGUAGCACUGUGGGAAGCUAUACUUGGUGAACAUGAAUCAGUGACCAAACUUUUGGCAGAAAAUGGUGCUACAUUGCAAAGUGGUGAUGUUGGUCAAUAUGCAUGCAGUGCAGUUGAACAAAACAAUCUCAAUUUGUUGCAAGCAAUUGUGCAUUACGGAGGAGAUAUCACACUUCCAAAUACCAGCGUUGGAACUACGGCUUUACACGUGGCAGUGUCCGAAGACAACGUGGAAAUUGUCAAAUUCCUCUUAGAUCAUGGUGCUAACAUUGACACACCAGACAAAUAUGGUUGGACUCCAAGAGCUUUGGCUGAUCAACAAGGACAUACAGAAAUCAAAGCCAUUUUUGAAGCCAAAGGAGAACAACCUAAGACUCAAUCUUUUGUUACUAUGCCUAUUCCUGAGAGGCAGGGUAGUAGUACUACUAAGGUGAGGUACCUUGGUAGAUUUACAAGUGAGCCAACAAUGCCUAUAGCUCAAGAUGGAUCAUUUCAUGGAAAUGAUAAUGGUUCGUGGAUGCCACACCGUCCAAGGCGUAGGAAUAAUAACUUUCAUAACUCACUCUUCGGGAUAAUGUCGGCGGCACACAAAGGAGAAAAUGAUCAGUUUUUCAGUGUUAAGAUGAAUAGCAAUGCAAGGAAUGGUAUGAAGAAUAUUGCGCGUCCGACUAGAGUAAUCAUUAGUUGUCCUGAAAAAGGUGAGAUUGCUGGGAAGCUUGUAUUGCUACCUGAAAGUUUUAAAGAUUUACUUGAGAUUGGAGCUAAGAAAUUUGGUAUAGUUGUUACUAAGGUUGUUUGCAAAGUUGGAGCUGAAAUUGAUGAUAUUGAGGUCAUAAGAGAUGGUGAUCAUCUUGUUUUUGUUGGUGAUGGUAUGGAGCUAGAUUCUAAUUCUCCAACACACUCUAAUGGUGUCAUUCCAUAGUGUGCAUUUAAUUAAUGUCCUAAUUAUUAUAAUUUUUGCUUCAUCUUACUAUAAUUGAUUUUUUUUUUUACCAUUUCACUCAAAGUCAAAUGUACAAAUGAACCACUGAGAAUAAUACCUUUUAUAUAUGGAAAAUGCUACUAACAAAA